AUGUCGCUAUCACGAAGCCCUUCCCCCGUCCCGGGUGGAGGAUGGGCCAGCCCAGGACUCAACAUCACCUCGAGCGGCCGAUCGAGCCCCGCGCGCUCUGCCAACGGCGCCGGCAGCAGCAGCAGUCCGGUCGUCUGGGAGUCGGCGAGGUUAAAACAGGGCAGCUCUUCGAGCACCGGCUACCCGUCCUUCUCGACCCAGAACCAGGGCUUCUUCACCCGCCACAUGCGCAAGCUCUCGAGCAGCCUACCGCGGUUCAACAGCGCCGGCAGCAUCCACCACGCGCCCUAUGCCGAUAAGGAAAAGCUUGGUCGCGGUCGGUGGUCCAACAACCUCGACAACGUGCCGCUGCUGGGCCGCCUCAAGGCCAUCUUUGGCCGCAUGGGCAGGAAGUUGAAGCUGAGGCUGCUGAUUGCCUUUAUCGUCUUCCUGUGCAUCUACAUCUUUUACCAUUCUCCGCUCGUCUACCACUGGAGGAGAUCGGCGAAACUGGGCGGCGGCGAGAAGUUUGUCAUCAUCCUCGCGGCCAACAUUGGCGGAGGUGUCAUGGAGUGGAAGGGAGCUCGCGAGUGGGCCAUUGAGCGGGACAGCAUGCGUAACAAGAAGAAGUAUGUGGCUGAAUGGGGCUACGACCUCGAGGUUGUCGACAUGAGCACCAAGAAGCGCUACGCCCACGAGUGGCGCGAGAGCUGGGAGAAGGUCGACUUUAUUAGGAAUGCCAUGAGGAAGUAUCCCAAGGCCGAGUGGUUCUGGUGGCUGGACCUCAACACCUUCAUCAUGGAGCCGCACACCUCGCUGCAGAGCCACCUCUUCAACCAUCUCAAGGACCACACCUACCGCGACAUCAACGUCUACAACCCCCUCAACAUCUCCCACCCACCCACCGACCCCUACCUCGACGCCGACUCGCUGUCGCCCGUCGGCGACGGCAACAUCAACAGCGUCAACCUGCUCCUGUCGCAGGACUGCUCGGGCUUCAACCUGGGCUCCUUCUUCGUGCGCCGCUCCGAGUGGACGGACCGCCUGCUCGACGUCUGGUGGGACCCGGUCGCCUACGAGCAGAGGCACAUGGACUGGGCGCACAAGGAGCAGGACGCCCUCGAGCAGCUGUAUAAGGCGCAGCCGUGGAUCCGCAAGCACACGGGCUUCCUGCCGCAGCGCAUGAUCAACAGCUUCCCGCCGGGCGCCUGCGCCGAGAACGGCAUGGACUGGCGCUACCACUACGACCAGAACGACCGCGACUUCCUCGUCAACAUGGCCGGCUGCGAGUGGGGCCGCGACUGCUGGGGCGAGAUGUACAGCUACCGCGAGCUGAGCUACUACCUGAACCGCACCUGGUGGGAGCGCUUCAAGGAGGACUUUCUGGCCUUGAUCUGGUUCAAGAUCACGGGCCAGAAGGUCAAGUUCUGA